AUGGCUCUGAAGCUCCUUGUCAGCCUGGGCAUCUGGCCACAGCUAACUGCCAGCCAGGCUUGCCAUGAAGCAGUCAAGGAUGCUGUGGCGGCCAGUGCGGCUGGUGCUGAGGCUGCUGAGGAGGGCUCCGGAGGUCAGCAGCUACUCCAAGUGACCUCGCGGGAAAUCUACCACCCUCGACUCAACAGUAGUGGGGCUGUGGAGGCAAUCUUGCACGCGGUCAAUUCCACCAAUGCGAAGGCCAUGGUGGAGGUGAACGCGACCCCGCUAAACACGAACUUGCAGUUCAUCCAUGUGCCCUGCACGUUUGGACAUACGGUCGAGGAGGCGGGCGUAGGCCAGCUGGACGUUCUCAAGAUUUCGGCCAUCCUUGCUUCAGACCUCGAGAUGUUGUGGGCCAACAAGGCAGCGGCAUUUGCAACACUCAACUCAGUGAAAGGUGAGGGCGGCAUGCUUUGGGGUGAGCUUAACCCAGACCUGCAAGCCGUCUCUUCAGAAACUGGCUGCAAUUUGUAUUACACUCCGCCCUCGAUGUGGCCUAAAGAUGUGCAAGAACGACAGCUGCAAGGAAAGCAGCUAUUCUCCAUGCUCCGAGACCCGUAUGACCGCAUGGCCAACGAGUUCCGAAUGCAAUGUCAGGGCAUCGAUUCAGCUUUCGAGCUGUUGACGAGGCCGGCCGUUUCCUUGCGCGAAGGUCACUUGGAGCGUGAGGGCGCCGAGUACUUGAAGUAUUACCUCACGUGUGAUGUGAAUGGCUACUUGCAGUCGGAGCUGACAAAGUACGUGGCAGGUGACCGCUACCGCGGGAAUUGCCACCUCUUGCCUUCAGCAGAGUAUGCAUCAAGCCCCUUCGGUGAAGUUGAGUGGGUGGAUGAGCGCGGCAUACCGGAGAGCUUUAACGACUUCAUGACUUCAAAGAACGCUUCGCCCCGAAUGAAGGCAAGCCUGCACAACUUUGAGUGCAACGAUGUCUCUGCAUGGUCUUUGACAGAGAAGACGAAGAAGCUGAUCCGACAGGUGUAUGCAGAAGACUUCAAGUUGGCAUGCAAGGUGUUCGGACACUGCGACGACCAUGAGAUGUACUGCCACGAGAACAUCGAGAACAUGUGUGGCUCGAGGCCAGCCAAAUGA